AUGGAGAGAGCCAAUGAUUCCGUGUGGACAGACUUUGUCUUGGCGGGGCUCUCUGACCACCCAGAGCUCCAGACGGUUUUGUUUGUGUUAGUUCUGGGCAUGUAUCUGAUGAUACUGCUUGGGAAUGGUGUUCUUAUCUCAGCGGUCAUCUAUGACCUUCACCUGCACACCCCCAUGUAUUUCUUCCUCUGUAAUCUCUCCUUCCUCGAUAUCUGCUACACGAGCUCUUCCGUCCCGCUAACCCUCAGCAGCUUUUUGGCAGUGAGGAAGAACGUUUCCUUCCUGGGGUGCAUGGUCCAAAUGUUCCUCUCCUUUGCCAUGGGUGCCACAGAGUGUGUGCUUCUAGGCACAAUGGCACUUGACCGCUUUAUGGCUAUCUGUUACCCACUGAGGUACCCUGUCAUCAUGAGCAAGGGUACCUAUGUAACCAUGGCAGUUGGAUGCUGGGUCGCUGGGCUUGUGGACUCACUGGUGCAGACGUCACUUGCAGUGCAAUUGCCAUUCUGUACUGAUAAUGUCAUUCACCACUUCGCCUGUGAAAUUCUGGCCAUUCUGAAACUGGCUUGUACAGAUAUUUCAAUCAACGUGAUCAGCAUGGCGGGGUCAAAUCUGCUUUUCCUAGCUGUGCCGUUGUUGGUCAUUGCUGUCUCUUACACUUUCAUCGUGGCCACUAUUUUGAGGAUCCCUUCUGCUGAAGGAAAACGGAAGGCCUUCUCCACUUGCUCUGCCCAUCUGACAGUGGUGAUUAUCUUCUAUGGAACUGUCUUCUUCAUGUAUGCAAAGCCCAAGUCUAAAGCUGCUGCUGAGGCAGGGCAUCAAAGCGUGACAGACGCUCUCAUCUCCCUGUUCUAUGGGGUGAUGACACCCAUGCUCAACCCUAUCAUCUACAGUCUGAGGAACAAGGAUGUGAAGGCUGCUGUUCAGAACAUGCUGGCAAGGAAAUGUUGGAUAAAACAUUAG